UCGAAGGAUAAGACAACAAAUCAACAUCUGACGGAAGAGAAUUUUCUCAUUUCCUUCAAUAUGACGAAGAGGUCCGGCUGGUACUAUGAAAAGCGGGAGCUGCGGCAUACGCCCAGCAUUCAAGCAGGCCUCACCAUGGAUCAGGAGACACAGUACCGUCGGGAAGGAGCGCGUUUCAUCCUGCAGGUUGGGAAUAAGAUGGGGCUUCGUUAUGAGACCAUGGCCACGGGCGUUGUCUACUUCCACCGCUUCUACAUGGUCCACACCUUCCAGACCUUUCCCAGACAUGUUACUGCAUGUUGUUGCCUUUUCCUAGCUGGGAAGGUGGAAGAAACACCAAAAAAGUGCCGUGAUAUCAUGAAAACUGCAAGGAGCCUUAUUGAUGAUACGACGUGGGCUGAAUUUGGAGCUGAUCCUCGUGAAGAAGUAAUGACUCUUGAAAGAAUUUUGCUGCAGACAAUCAAAUUUGACUUCAUUGUGGAACAUCCAUACACCUACCUCCUCAAAUAUGCCAAGUGCCUUAAAGGUGACAAAAAGAGACUACCUAACAUGGUACAAAUGGCAUGGACAUUUGUGAAUGACAGCCUGUGUACCACCCUAUGCCUUCAGUGGGAACCAGAAAUCAUAGCAAUUGCUCUCAUGUACCUGGCGGGGAAGCUGAGCAAGUUUGAUGUGACAGACUGGGUAGGCCGCAUCCCCAAACACCAGCGCUGGUGGGAUAUGUAUGUCGAAGGAAUCUCCAUGGAGCUGCUGGAAGAUAUAUGUCAUCAGGUACUGGACCUGUACUCACCCAACCGCUCAGAGGCAGGUGGUGCAAGCAGUGAGCCCUCUAUCACCAUGCCCUCUGUGGCCCCAAGACGCCCUGUAACACCCACACAGAGCAGCAGCACUGCACCCCCGCCAGCGAAGAAGGCCAAGAAGGAGGAGGUGAAGUCAUCGCCAGUGAAGACAGAGAGCACGCCACAGCCGCAGCCAUACCAGUACCCAUAUGCGUACCAAAACUACCCUCAGGCACCCUAUUCUUCGCAGACCUCAACGCAAGGGACACCUACAACACCCACACCGCGCUACCCAUACCCAUACCCACCCUCCACCACACAGGGUCCUCCUCCACAGGCCCCACCUCCACAGGCACCCCCUCCAACUUACCCCAACCAGCAGAGGCACUACCCGCCACCUGCAGUCACAACACCCCAGGCACCACCCCCACACUAUGCGACACAGCCCCCACCUUCACACUAUUCAUCAGGCAGCCACCCACCCUCAACAUACCACCAGCCAGGUGCAGCAGGACACUACCCUGCUCCCCCUACUAACCAGCCUCCCCCCUCGCACUAUGCGCCGCCUCCCCAUGGCUCAACGUCCUCUUCCUACUAUCCCCCACCCCCAUCAACUAACAACCCUCCCCCGAACUAUGCCCCAGCGGGCCCUUCCUCCAACUACCCUCCUCCCAGCUCCUACCCACAUUCCAGCUCAAGACCUUACUACCCGCCUUCUUCGUAGUUAGCUUUUAAUUAGAAGAGAGACUAUUCAUAAAGCAGUUCUUUGAACACCUAAGUACAACUACUUUAAUUGCAAUAUUUGCAUUCAAUUUGCAAUUUCCACAUUUUUUGAAAGGCUUUUGGACUCUCUCAGUUUUGAGCAAAUGCAUGUGGAUUAUAAUAGCUUCAUUUUGAAGGGAUCUAUUUUUCCAUUACAAAAACAAAAGCAAAAAUAAAAAACUAUAGCCUUGUAAAACCUAUGACAGUGAAUAAUAGUAUGGUUUAUCAUUGCAUGAUCCAAAGGGAAGGGGCUGCUCUCGAGACCUAGAAAAAUUGGUAUUGAGGGAGAAUUCAAAGACUAUAUAUUGCAGUGUUUUUUUUUGGUCCUGUUACCAUUACAUUGUUCAUGACCAAGAUAGGUUUUGUUAAUGAGAAUGCAGGUCAUGCGUCUUACAUUCUUACCCUUUGUACAUUUUGUUAAACUGAGAUCGUAAUUGACAUGAAGAAUGAAUGACCAGUUGUAUGUGAACCCAAAAUAUUAGUGUAAGUAAAAUACCUUUUCAUGUACAGAAUAUGAACUAUUAGAAAUCUCUAUAUUUGUGUAUUUUUAUGUAAAAAUACAAUAAAUACUGAAUAUGAA